AUGAGGAAAACAGCAACAGAUUCUCAAUACCAGCUGAGAAGAACAAGCGGAUCACAAGAUGAUGAACAAUCGUCAUCGUCGCUUUCUGAUCAGCGAAAGUUACCACUACAACAACUACAACAAUACCCGCUAAUACAACAACGAUUACAUCAACAACCAGUACAACAACAACAUCAACAACGUCAACCACUAGUACUUCGAGUACAACAACAACAACGAUCACAUCAACAGGUGAUUACAACGAUACCUACAACAGCGGCUCCCUCGUGCUCAGCAGCUGCCUCCACCACUAUGGCCACCGGUCAACUUGUGUACUUAACCAGCACUUCACCAAGCAACACCUACGCAAAUUACACUUAUAACUUUACAGCAACAUCGGUACUGUCCACCCUUCGAUUUGCUUUCAAGGGUGGUGGCGCUGGAGGUAGUCCCGGUCCUCAUCGUUGGUAUUUGGAUAACGUGUCCGUAAAAGAAAAGAAUACAUCCAAUACAGAAAUGUUAAUCAACGGCGGCUUUGAAAUGGGCGAUCUCACCGGAUGGACACUAUUUUGUAACAGCUCAUGUGGUAGCGGUACAAGUGGAGUGGUAGUUGCAGACGCGACUUAUUGCUAUGUAGCGACAGGUUCGUCGUACUGUUAUUACGAUUGGUGUAAUGGUGGUGGUUCCGGCAAUUAUGAUUACAUCAGUCAAUCAUUUACAAGUGUCAUUGGUUAUUGGUAUGUGAUGAGGUUUUCCCUUCGUCAAAGUGGCACUGGUGGGCCAGUUGAACUGUAUGCGAGCAUGAAUUAA